CAUUCCAUUCAUCUCCACACACACUUGAAUAGCAUUUCCUCUAUCAAAUCUCCAAACCAUGGCUAGCUCAAUGCUUGUUAAGAUUACUUGUAUGUCUAUGCUAUGCUUGGUUUUGGUCAUUCCAUUAUCAAAUGCUGGUAUGACAUGCAAUGAAGUGACAGAUACUUUAUAUCCAUGUGCUGGGUAUGCUACAACACCCGGCGAUGACCCUCCCCCUGCAGGAUGUUGCGGUGGGCUUAAGGAUAUAAAAGACAAAGCCACAACUACACCUGAGCGUCAAAGUGUUUGCGAGUGCCUCAAAACCAAUGUGUUACGCAUACCUGGAGUCAAUCCUGAUACUGUUGCUGCCCUCCCUGAGAAGUGUGAUGUUCCAUUACCCUACCAGAUUAAAGCUGAUUUUGACUGUAGCACGGUAAACUAGUUCAGCAGCUUGCAGGGCUUGUGCUUAAUGAAUGAAUAAGUACUUGGUAUGUGGUAAUAACCGCAACAGAAUAAAGGAGAUGACUUAAUUUCUCCGAUUGUAACCAAAUCCCAACUAGGGAUCUCUUUACCAUGUAUUUGAACAGUGAUGAAAAUAAACUUUGAAAUGUUUAAGCUCAAAAUGUUUCAUUAUCUUGAUUA